AUGUUUUUUCGUAGAUUAUGUCAACUGCGUUCCGCUUUUUCCUUCCUGGUUUACAACAAUUUGAAACGUGAACAGUGGAGGUCAGUAGCAGGAUUCACUUGUGGAAAAUAUGCCUCCUUAGCGGGGACACCUCGCCGGAGGAUCUGGCCGUUAAGGUGUCACUUUCACAGCGAUGUGGGUGACUUGUAUGAAAAGGAUGCUGUUCAAAUGUAUAUCCGGCAACUCAUGGAGGACCACAAAACUUUGGGCCAAAAGUUGGACCGUUCAAACAUAAGCGAAGCUGACAGGAAAGCGAUGGUCAAGAAACAUGCUGAGCUACAGCCUUUGGCAAAUGUCUUUUACAAUGUGGAACGGGCGAUGGAAGAUCUUGAUGAAGUGCAAUCGAUUUUACGUUCCCCGACUGGUUCCAAAGAUGAAACAGAGCAGUUUUCCCAGCUGCUGAAAGAAGAGGAAGCGCUGAUCUUGGACAGGAUUUCACGCUUAAAAAAAGAGUUACUCAAAGCUCUUAUGCCAAGGGAUGCCCUGGACUCUAGCAAUGUUCUACUGGAAAUCGUUUCAGGACGAACGACGGGAGGCGAUAUAUGUCAGCAAUUCAGCAGAGAAAUGUUUGACAUGUACCAGGGUUUUGCCGCUUACAAGAACUGGGAUUUUGAGAUGUUGAACUACACUCCUGCUGAAUAUGGUGGUUUGCAUCACGCGGCUGUGCGGAUAGCUGGUGAGGACGUGUACAGAUAUCUCAAGCAUGAGGGGGGAACACACAGAGUGCAGAGGAUUCCUGAGGUGGGUCUUUCCUCAAGGAUGCAGCGCAUUCACACUGGAACUAUGACUGUCAUUAUCCUACCUCAGCCUGUUGAGGUGGAUGUCAUCAUCAACCCUAAAGAGCUGCGUGUUGACACAUUCCGAUCUCGAGGUGCUGGGGGUCAAAGUGUCAACACCACUGACAGCGCAGUGCGCAUUGUUCACCUUCCCUCAGGUAUUACAGCAGAAUGUCAACAGACUCGCUCUCAACUGCAAAACAGAGAAACUGCUAUGCGCAUGCUAAAGGCCAGACUCUACCAGCGUAUGAUGGGUAAAGAGACUGAGCAGAAGCUUUUAGCCCGUAAGCAACAGGUGGGAACUCGCUCACAGUCGGACAGGAUUCGCACGUACAAUUUCAGCCAGGAUCGAAUCACAGACCACCGGAUAGGCUACAUUUGCAGAGAUAUUAAGGAGUUCAUGCGAGGAGGUGAAGCGCUUGAUGAGCUCAUCACUGCCGUACUUGAACACUUGGAAAGGGAGGCUCUUCUGGACCUGGUGGAGAACAGCAGAAGCACUUUGCACACUUCUGCAGAAUGA